AUGCAGAAGCUCCUACAGGAAUACCGAUCCGAGAUUGGCCGCCUAGGAGCGAACGAGCUGCAGAUCAAGGAGCUGCAGACGCUGGCAAACUUGACUGUCGACCUGCUUCUACGCAAGCCUGAACGCGACAAGGCCGGACGGGUCAAAAGGGCCUUGGAGGACGCCAUCGACCGCCCGCUAAUGACUGUCCUGCAUGAGAACCUCGAUAAAUGCGACUUAUAUUUGAAGAGAAAGGGCCGGAAAGCUGUUGAGAUUGUCCUACGCGAGCACGUCCAGGAACUCCUACACAUGGUUAACAACGAGGGCGACUAUGGUCCAGGUCGUGAAGAGGUAGGUACGGCAGGAACCGGGGUAGGACUCGGCACGUCCGAGGCUACCAGAACUGGGGAAUCCAGUCCACCAGGUACGGGGAGUGAUGCGGACAAAUUUGGAACCCCUUUGCGCUUCGACGACGUGAUGACGGCCUCGCCAGAAGUUCGCCAAAGAACAUUGAUGAGGAUAUAUUUUUCACGUUUGCAACCGCGCGUGGUGCAGUUGGCCGAAACUGCAUGGCUACAGCAGGACGAUGUCCACAGUGAUGACAACAAUCUUAACAUUGUCCAUGCCGAUAAAUUUGAUGCCGAAAACAUCGAUACCGAUGUAGGUGGCGACGAUGUCGACGGCAACGGCAACGUAUUUCGUCGACUGGAGGCGGCAAGCGUGUGGUGUACGCUGGUGUUCCGGAUGCUAUGCUGGCUACUGUUGCACGACUUCAGCAAGAUGGAUGUGCAGAUUUCUAAGAGCGAGCUUUUGGGCAACCGCCUUCCGGUGUACAUUUGGUGA